CUCUAUGGUUUUGAUGCGGGCGGGGAGCUCGCAAGGCCUGCCGGGACUGUGGGAGUUUCCGGUCUUGGCCGUGGCGGGAGUGUUUGGAAGCUUUGCUCCUGGGCGAAAGCAUGUCUCAGGAACGCGCGGUCCCAGCGAGCGCGGUUCCCCUGGAAGAAAUAAGUAGCUGGCCGGAGGAGCUAUGCCGCCGGGAGCUGCCGUCCGUCCUGCCUCGUCUCCUUUCUAUGUAUCAGAAUUCUGACGGUUGGAUUGAGCAUAUUCAAAUUCUGAAAAUUAUCGUAGAAAUGUUUUUACCUCAUAUGAACCACCUGACAUUGGAACAGACUUUCUUUUCACAAGUACUGCCAAAGACUGUGAAAUUAUUUGAUGACAUGAUGUAUGAGUUAACAAGUCAAGCCAGAGGACUGUCAAGCCAAAAUUUAGAAAUCCAGACCACUCUAAGAAAUAUUUUACAAACAAUGGUACAGCUAUUAGGAGCUCUUACAGGAUGUGUUCAGCAUGUCUGUGCCACUCAGGAAUCCGUCAUUCUAGAAAACAUUCAUAGUCUUCCCUCCUCAGUCCUACAUGUAAUCAAAAGUACAUUUGUGCAUUGUAAGAAUAGUGAAUCUGUCUAUUCUGGGCAUUUACACCUAGUCUCAGACCUUCUGCAAGCUCUUUUCAAGGAGGCCUAUUCUCUUCAAAAGCAGCUAAUGGAACUGCUGGAUAUGGUUUGCAUGGACCCUUUAGUAGAUGAGAAUGAUGAUGUUUUGAAGAUGGUAGUAGUUAUUCAUUCAUUGUUGGGUAUCUGCUCUGUUAUUUCCAGUAUGGACCAUGCAUUUCAUGCCAAUACUUGGAAAUUUAUAAUUAAGUCAUUAAGUUAUCAACAGGUAAUAGGGCAGUGAUUGAAAGUAAAAUAUUGUCUCAUAAGUUUAGCUAAUUUCAUAUUCUUUUCCUAUUUAUUAUGCAUUUUUAUUUCCUUGUUUUUGGAGCAGGAUAAUGCUGACUACAGAUUAUUUCAGAAAACACUCAAAUUGUGUCGUUUCUUUGCCAACUCCCUUUUGCACUAUACUAAGGAAUUUCUUCCUUUCCUCUCUGAUUCUUGCUGUACGUUACACCAGCUUUAUCUUCAGAUACACAGUAAGUUUCCACCAAGCCUCUAUGCUGCCAGGAUUUCAAAAGCACAACAGGAGGAAAUAGCAGGUGCUUUCCUGGUUACACUGGAUCCACUCAUCAGUCAGCUUCUCAUAUUCCAACCUUUUGUGCAAGUGGUUUUGGACAGUAAAUUAGGUAGGCUUCAAAACAGUCUUAAUGUUAAAUCAUUUCUUACUAAUCAUGACGUGUUAGAGAUGGGGUUGCUUUCCCUUAUAUACAUCAUGGACAAGCUGCCCUCGCAGCCCGAGGCUGUGCAGGCCCUGUGGUGCGCAGACAGCCAGGUCUCAGGAGCUACAACCAGGGUGUCUCUACUCAAAGGCAUUUUCUCCAGUUUUGAGCAGUGUUCUGGUGAACUCUCUCUACCUGUCUGUUUACAAGGAGUAAGGAGUAAAGGGCAAGCUGAAGCUGCUGUCACCUUGUAUCAGCACGUUUGUGUUCAUCUGUGUGCAUUUAUCACUUCCUUUCAUCCCUCACUGUUUCCUGAACUGGAUACUGCUCUGUUGGAUGCUGUGCUUAGUGCUAAUAUGAUCACCUCUCUGUUAGCUAUGGAUGCAUGGUGCUUCCUUGCUCGGUAUGGGACUGCUGAACUCUGUGCCCACCAUGUCACCAUAGUGGCUCAUCUGAUAAAGUCUUGCCCUGGAGAAUGUUACCAGCUCACCAACCUAGCAAUACUGCUGAAGCGUCUCUUCUUCUUCAUGGCCCCACCUCAUCAGGUGGAGUUUAUCCAGAAAUUUUCCCCGAAAGAACCAGGAAAUCUGCUUCUGUGGCAGUACAUUUCCUUUCAGGCAUUACCUGCUGAUCUUAGGCGACAGACCGCCCGCGAGGUCAGCAGGGUGUGCACCGCGCAGUGCAGGGAGUGGCUAGGCAGCAGUCGCACGGUGGGGGAGCUGGAGUCUCUGAACACGGUGCUCUCUGCUUUGCUUACUGUGUGUAAUUCUGCUGGGGAAGCUUUGGAUAUUGGACAACAAACUGCAGUUACGGAAGUCGGGAGUCAGCUUUGGGCUCUUUUAAACGUUAAACUGGUAACAGGUCAACCUUACGUUCAACAGACACUCAGCCUUUUACUUCCACUAUUGGGAUUUUUCAUUCAAACUCUAGAUCUUCAGCUGAUAAGUCAGGUGGUCACUUUGCAGAACUCACUACUUAAACUAGAGCCUCCCGACCACGUGCGUUUGGCAGUGCUUGAUUUUGUAUCCUCUGUAGGAAAACUUUUUAUACCUCAGGCUAUGCAGGACAAAAUUCUGCCCAACCUGUCUUCUAUUUUUGCCUCACUGCUGGCUGACAGGAACUGGUUACUAGAACAACAUACCUUGGAGGCAUUCACUCAGUUUGCAGAGGGAACAAAUCAGGAAGAGAUAGUUCCACUGUGUCUCAGUUCUGAAGAAACAAAGAACAAAGUUGUAUCCUUUCUGGAGAAGACGGGGUUUGUAGAUGAAACUGCAGAUGCCCGAGUGGAACGUAUCAAACAGGAGAAAGGUAUUUUCUGGGAGCCCUUUGCUAAAGUUACUGUGGAAGAAGCAAAGUGGUCAUCUUUACAGCCUUACGCAAAGAGAGCCCGUCACGAGCUCCCCGUGGAAGAAGAGUACAGGGCAGCAGUGCAGGCGGCGGCAAGGGCCUUGGGGGCAAUUGAGUCAUUACUCCAGCAGUCCGUUCCCCCAGACUGGCUUCUAACAGAAAUGGAGGCGCUCCACGAAAGGAUCGACGAGCUAAAACGCCAUGUGGUUUAAGGUGACAUGUGAGUGGACUGGACCACAUUAGCACCAGAUAGAGUUGGAUAUCAUUUUUCGUCAUCCUGCAAUAGAUUCUUUAAGUGAAAAUAUUGAUGUAAUUAUGUCUGUAUAUUUUCUAACACAUAAAACAACUUUUGUAAAGUUGAAUCUAA